AUGGCGCUGCCGAGCCAGCAGCUCGCUCUCCUCGCGGUCCUCGUCUCUGCGGCCGCAUGCGCCGCCGAGGCCGCAGCGCAGCCGACUACCGACGAGCUGUCUGCGUCUCCGGCGGCGGAUAACAACAGCACACCGGCGGGCGUGGGCAUCAAGGUGUCCUUCCGCCCCCGAGUGGCCAUCGUGGUGGGCAUCUUCACCAUGGUCUUCUCCCUCACCGUCAUCCUCCUCAUGUACGCCAAGUUCUGCCACCCCUCCUCGUCUCCCCCGCCCGCCUCGGCGCUGGUGGGAGGCGGAGAGACAGGCGGCAACAAUGGCGCAGCAGCAGCGGUGUGCGUCGGAGUCCCCAAGCAGGUCAUCGAGUCGCUGCCCUUCUUCCGGUUCGCCACCCUGCGCGGGGCGCGCCAGGGGAUGGAGUGCUCCGUCUGCCUCGCCCGCUUCGACGACGCCGAUCUCCUCCGCCUCCUGCCGCGCUGCCGCCACGCCUUCCACCUCGACUGCGUCGACCGCUGGCUCGAGUCCAGCGCCAGCUGCCCGCUCUGCCGGACCAGCGUCGACGCCGACGACGCCACGAUCGGGCUCAAGUACCCAUCCAGCGCGCGCAUCGUCUUCGGCGGCGACGCGCUGUCCUCCGGCCGUUUCGACGCUGCUGCUGCUGGGACAGGGAGCGGACGCGACCUCCUCGACAUCUUCGUGGAGCGCGUGCCCGGACCGGACAAGAAGCAUCAGCAGCAGCAGGUUGGCGAUGAUGAUGAUGAGGCGACAUCAUCGGUGGCGCCGCCGCCGGGACUGGAGCUGGACAGGCACAAGCACCGCAUCAUCGUGUCCGACGUGGUGUUCAAGAGCCGGUGGAGCGAGCUCAACUCCGCCGACCUCAUCGCGCUCGACACGGAGAUGCUGCGCUCCAUGUCCAGCGGCCGCUUCGUGUUCCCGCCAGAUUCCCCUUAUUGCCCGGAGUACAGCAACGAGGCCCAGGCCCCCAACAACAAGAUAGCAGCAGAAGAAGAAGAGGACGGUAUCGUGCCGACGUCGAGGGGGGACAAGGAGAGGAAUCGGUUGCUGGAGCCUGUCGUCGUGGUGGACGCUCGACUAGGUGGUGGGUGCAGCAGCGGCUCCGCCGUGUCGGCGUCCGCGGCGAGGAUGAUAUCCUCCGGGGUGCGCUCCAUGUCGGAGAUCGUGAGCCUGCCACGGCUGCGCGCCGCGGCGAGGGAGCGGCUGUCGGAGGAGGAGAAUCGGCGGUGGCUGCCAAUCGCACGGCGGACGGCGCGGUGGUUCGCCGGGCGCGCCAGUAGGGGGCAGGAGGAGGAGCACCGAGCUGUCCACGUCGUGGCAGCGGAGCAUGAUGAUGUGUGA